AUGUCUGUCACGCUGCACACGACACACGGCGAGCUCAAGAUUGAGGUGUUCUGCGAGGCGGUACCGAAGUGUGCAGAGAACUUCCUGGCGCUGGCGGCAAGCGGGCAGUACGAUGGCUGCCUCUUCCACCGGAAUAUCAAAGGAUUCAUGAUUCAGACGGGAGACCCGACGGGGACGGGCAAGGGCGGGCAGUCGAUCUGGGGACGACCAUUCCCCGACGAGGUGCGGAGUACGCUCAAGUUCAACCAGCGAGGGAUCGUGGCGAUGGCCAACUCGGGACCCGAUACGAACAAAUCGCAAUUCUUCAUCACCUACGCCAAGCAGCCUCACCUGGAUACCAAGUACUCGAUCUUCGGGCGGGUAAUUGACGGCACAGACACGACACUAGACGCGAUGGAAAAGGUGCCCGUCAACGACAAGAUGCGGCCGCUGCAGCCAAUCAAGAUUGAGCGGGUCGAGAUCCACGCGAAUCCGCUCGCGGAAAAGGCAUGA